GGUUCUUCUGCUGCAAGUUCAAAAUUGUUAAAUGGGGAAGGCAAAGCGUGCAUCAAUUUUUAUCAGGCUCGUUUCAGCAGCUGGAACUGGCUUUUUCUACGUGAAGCGCAAGAAUCCUCGGCGGAUCACAGAGAAGCUGGAGUUCAGGAAGUAUGACCCGCGUGUAAACAAGCAUGUUCUAUUUACUGAAGCAAAGAUGAAGUGAGGCCAGUUUUCUUUGAUACCUGAGACCGACCUCUGUACUGUUCACUUCAGUCUGAAGACAAUGCUACCUUUAUUACCCUAUUCUAGGUUCUAGAAUGUUGUCUUUCAUGUACACAACCCUAAUGUGCUUAUGUGCAUGAGUUUUAUCUUGCUGGCAGCAAAUCAGCAUGGAUCUUCA